AUGAACUCCUUUGCUCGAAGAGUAAUUGAAUCUGAAAAUGGCCUAUUCCGGACAUCUAUUCAAAUUACCAAUUUGUCUGGCAGAUCUCCUGCUUAUAGGACGCUAGCCUCUCAUCUUUCUCAGGCUUCACAACUCAGUACAUCGAGUGCGAAUCAGAGAAUAUCUACUACGAGUGCUUCCCCUUCUCCCCUUCGAUCUCAGUUUCUUCCUAGCAACAUUCGAAUUACCCCAAUCACCAUUUCGCGGUUCCGACGGUUCCACGUGAGCAGAAGAACUUCGCAAGAUGAGAAGCCUAAAAAAGACCCGGCCCAACCCGCUUCAAACGACGCCGACGUCAAUAAAUCUCAAACGAAAAACAAACCCGAUGGAGAACAAUCAGAGAAAGCAGAGGCUGGCGAUGAAAAGUCUGAGAGCAAGGAAGACGGGAAAGAAAAGAAGGAAGAUUUGCCUCCGCCGCCCCCUCACGGCGACAAGACUCCUUGGCAGGUAUUCAUGGAAACUAUGAACACCGAAUUCCAAGCAUCUAAAGAAUGGAAUGAGUCAACAAAGCAGAUCGGCGCCGCUGCCCAUCAGUUUACUGAGAGCGAAUCUGUUCGUCGAGCUCGUGAGGCUUACGAAAAGUCAACUGGUGCCAUUUCAUCCACCACCGCCAAGGCUGUUAAAUCCACCGCUGGGGCAAUUGGGAAGGGUGCAGCUUGGACCUGGGAUACCUCGGUAAUGAAGGGUGUCCGAAAGGCGGCCAACGUCACAGGCGAUGCUAUGGACAAAGCCACCAAACCUAUUCGUGACACGGAAGCUUACCGAAAUGUAAAGAAUGUUAUCGACGACGGGAGCUCGUCUAGAUAUGGUGGAUGGGUGGAGAAGGAAGAGCGCAGGAAGAAGCGGGCAAUGAUGGAGCAGCAGAGUAGCACCUCUUCACAAGUCAUGGAAGAAGAUUCAAACGCCGGGACUAACAUCACGCUCCACAAAGACGCCGCUUGGAAGGAGGCUUGGAGGGAUUUUCGAGACACCAACAAAUUCGUCCAGGGAAUUUUUACCAUGAAGGGCCGGUAUGAAGAAUCUGAGAAUCCGCUGAUAUCGACUGCUCGAAGCAUUACCGACCGCAUUGGAGGAUUUUUUGCGGAGAAUGAGACUGCCUUGGUAAUUAAGAAGUUCCGAUCCAUGGAUCCCGCCUUCCAAAUCGAACCCUUUCUGCAAGAACUUCGAGAAUAUAUCCUCCCAGAAGUUUUGGAUGCGUAUGUCAAGGGUGAUACGGAAACAUUGAAGCUCUGGCUGUCUGCAGCACAAUUUUCAGUCUAUGAGGCCUUGACUAAGCAGUAUCUGCAAGCGGGCAUGAAGUCUGAUGGUCGUAUCCUUGAUAUUCGAAACGUGGACAUUCUCCGAGCCCGGAUGCUUGAUCCUGGGGAGGUGCCAGUGUUUAUCAUCACCUGCCGUACCCAAGAGGUCCAUGUGUACCGCAAUGCAAAGUCCAAUGAGCUUGCGGCUGGGAUGGAAGAUAAAGUACAGCUGGUUACUUACGCUAUUGGCAUUACUCGGAUUCCGGAAGACGUCUACAAUCCUGAAACCCGGGGAUGGCGUUUGAUCGAAAUGCAAAAGAGUGGACGAGAGUGGCAUUAA